AUUCAUUACCAUUAAUGUGUUCAAUAUAUAUCUCUUACUCCCCGUCAAGAUUCGCCGAUCGUCUCCAUUUGUCACCGUUUCCAGGCUUCAGCUAUCCGAUAAUUGGUUCUGGAAAGUGCGUAGGCAACAGAUCGAGAAAUCUUUGAUUCGAAUUCAAGAACGCGCAGGGUUGGGCGUGGAUUCUGUUUCGUUCCGGGAGAGUCAUGAACGCGAGAAGGGAAUUGCGCAACAAUAGGGUUGCUCUCUUCGAUGGCAUUGAGGAGGGUGGUGUUAGGGCCUCAUCUUCAUACUCCUCCCAUGAAAUUGAGGAGCAUGAUAAUGAAGCAGCAUUAGGAGGCUUGCAAGAUAGAGUCCUCCUGUUGAAGAGGUUGACAGGUGACAUAAAUGAGGAGGUGGAGAGUCAUAACCGCAUGCUGGAUAGGAUGGGCAAUGAUAUGGAUUCAUCAAGAGGAGUGUUGUCGGGCACUAUGGAUCGAUUCAAGACGGUAUUUGAUCCCAAGUCAAGACCGAAGAUGUUCUCACUAGUCGCACUUUUUGUGGCAAUUUUCUUCAUCGUGUACUAUCUCACAAGGUAAUCCUCCUGUCUGGAUAUUGAAAAUACUCGAGGUUUACCCGGAAGACAAUGAUCGCUAUUGCUGCUUAGUCUACCAGUAUUAUUACCUGUAAGUUUGGCAUAGAUGUUCUGUUGUUGAUGCCUGUGUGAAUAUGUUUCCUUGUACCAAACAAAAGUUGAAUGAGUUUAUCAUGUGCUGCUCUUUAGUGAGCCGACGUUGAUGGGGAGAUAUAUAAUCAGCAAACCAGUUUGUUAGUUGGGAGUUUUAUA